UUAAGUCGAUUGGAAUAACUAAAGUUCGACAAUUAUUAGAAAUUUAAUCUGAAACUUUUGUUUUGCGUCAUCGAAAUUUUGUCUCAUCGCCAUGCUGCUAACACUAGCACUUCUGGGCGUAGCCCUACUCUUGGCCUAUAGAUUCUACCAUAACACCUAUACUUAUUGGGCCCGAAAAGGGGUUCCUCAUGAGCGUCCCUUGCCUCUGAUUGGCAACUUGAAGGGGAUCGGAUCGAAGUACCAUUUCCGGGACGUCAAUCAGAGGAUCUACGACAAGUUCAAGGGAAAGGCUCCCUUCGCAGGAAUGUUUAUGUUCUUCAAGCCAACUGCCUUAAUCACUGAUCUGGAUCUCAUCAAGCAAGUUCUCAUCAAGGACUUCCAUUACUUCCAAGACCGCGGCAUUUUUAACAAUGUCCGUGACGAUCCCUUGACAGGACACCUUUUGACUCUUGAGGGUGAGGAGUGGAAGUCGAUGAGGCAGAAGCUCACUCCCGUUUUCACCUCCGGAAAGAUGAAGAACAUGGCAGGAGUUGUCGUGGAUGUGGGUCAUCGCCUGGCCGAUGCCAUGGAUAAGGAAGUGGAGGCUGCCAAGGUCGAGGAAGGAGAUGUGGAGAUCAAGGACCUGUGUGCCAGGUUUACCACGGACGUCAUAGGAUCGUGUGCCUUUGGACUCGAGUGCUACAGUCUCCAGGAUCCGAAUGCCGAGUUUCGACAGAAGGGUCGCAUGGUAUUUGAGAAACCCCGACACUCUUCGAUUGUGCAAUCAUUUAUAUUCACAAAUGCUAAAUUGGCUAGAAAGUUAAGGAUGAAGGUGUUACGCGACGAUCUGAGUGAUUUCUUCUUAUCGGCGGUUAAGAACACCAUAGACUAUCGCCUCAAGAACGGCGUAAAGCGCAACGACUUCAUCGAUCUGUUGAUAGAGCUCCGAGCUGAGGACGAAGAGGCGGCCAAAAGGGGUAAUGGUAUCGAUCUCUCACAUGGAUUGACCCUUGAGCAAAUGGCUGCCCAGGCAUUUGUUUUCUUCGUGGCAGGUUUCGAGACCUCCUCGAGUACGAUGGCCUUUUGUUUGUACGAACUAGCUUUGCAACCCGACAUUCAACAAAAGGUAAGAGAGGAAAUAAAAAAUAUUCUCCAAGGAGGUGAGGUUACCUACGACGCUUUGGCUGAAAUGACCUACCUGGAACAGGUGUUGGCUGAAACUCUUCGGAAGCAUCCCAUUAUUCCUCAGCUCUUGCGAGAGACUAAUGAAAACUACAAAGUUCCAAAUACAGAUAUUGUUAUCGAAAGGGGAACCAUUGUGCUUAUGCCUAUACACAAUAUACACCACGAUGCAGACUUGUAUCCCAAUCCAGAGCUCUUCGAUCCCAAUCGCUUUGAGCCGGAGGAGAUUAGGGCCCGCCAUCCGUUUUCAUAUCUGCCAUUUGGCGAUGGACCUCGAAAUUGCAUUGGCUUGCGUUUUGGAAAAAUGCAGGCCAAGAUUGGCAUUGUGUCCCUGUUGCAACGCUUCAAGUUUAGUACUUCAAAGUUGACAGAAAUUCCCCUGACCUUGGACACUCGCAGCCCCACUUUAAGCACCAAGUAUGGCAUUCAUCUGAAAGUGGAACGCAUCUAGGCACUUCAAAACAAAAAGAAUGUAUGUGAAACUAAAAUAAUGUGUAAUAUCUAUGAAUAUUAACGGCUCUUAAAAGCAGAUUACUUCAUGACUAUUAAGUCAUUGAAAAUUGGUAAUAUUUAGUACUUUGUAUAUGUAUAUCUUUAUUUAAGAAACUAACCAGCUAAUACAAAAUUUACUUACCAAAACUAAAAUGGAAAUCGUUGUAAAUUUAAAAAUGUUUAAAAAUAAUACAUUUUCAACUUGGUCAA